AGAGAGAGAGAUUUUUGUAUAUUAUGCUCUAAUUGUCGUGUCCUCCGAAAACAGAGAACCGCAAAAGUAUAUGAAGGAAUACACCUUUGGACAAAGAAAGCACGACGAGAGCAGAGAACAAAGAGAGAGAAACACUGCGAGAAGAGUACUGAGAGACCCCCUUUUAAAUUUUCCCAUCACUUGUCAUUCAUAGUAGUCACAAGUUUAAGAUUUUCGCCAAUUUCGCCAAAUGGAAUUCGAAGAUCAAGAGGACCAAGAGGAGGAGCAGUGUAUGGGUGCCGCAGCUUACGACCCCGCACGGAUGAAGGUUCCGGUCGGUCCGGAGGCAGUCAUGGCGGCGCAGCCGGUGAGAAGCAGCACCAACGGAGGCGCAGGGAGGGCGCGCUACAGGGAGUGUCUGAAGAACCACGCCGUCGGCAUCGGCGGCCACGCGCUCGACGGCUGCGGCGAGUUCCUGGCGGCAGGGACGGAGGGUUCCCUCGACGCGCUGAAAUGUGCAGCCUGCAGCUGCCACCGCAACUUUCACCGCAAGGAGAGCGAUGGGGCCGGGGCCUCCGUCGGCGGUGGCGACCCCUACUUGGUUUCGCACCACCACCUGCACCAUCCUCCGCCGCCUCAGUUCGCGGCCUACUACAGGACCCCGACUGGGUACCUUCAGGUGGGGGGGCAGGCGCGCGUGGCUGGGACGCUGGCGCUGCCGUCGACGUCCGGCGGCGGUGGGACGCAGAGCACUCGGGAGGACCAGGAGGACGUUUCGAACCCGAGUGCAGGAGGAACGGGGUCCAAGAAACGGUUCAGAACAAAGUUCACGCAGGAGCAAAAGGACAAAAUGCUUGAACUUGCUGAAAAAUUAGGGUGGAGGAUUCAGAAACACGACGAGGGUGUGGUCCAAGCCUUCUGCAACGAAACUGGGGUGAAGCGUCACGUUCUCAAGGUUUGGAUGCAUAACAACAAGCACACUCUCGGUAAGAAGCCCUAGUAAAGUGCGCAAAUUCCGAUGCUCAAACUUCUUCAACCCUUAAGCUUACCCACCCACCCAAAUUGUUAGGGUUUCUUUCUCUUCUUAUUGUGUUAGCGUUUGAGGAUGUAGGUAAGGUUAAUUAGAUCAAGUUAUUAUUGCUGCUGGAUAAUUUAAUUUUCUGUUCAGUUCAAAAAAUCAGUCUUUUUUAUGA